AAACGCAAUUCAAGAAACAUUUUAAAAACGGCCAACAACGUGUUCUUAAGCGAAAAUUUCAACUUAAACCCGCAGUUCAAAAGGAUAGCCGUUAACAACUUUGAUAGUGAUUUGACACCGACUUAUUUUGGAAAACCAGCUCUGGCCGCCCAAAAUAUCAACAGCUGGAUUGCUUCCAAGACUAAUGAUAAAAUUGACAAACUUGUUAGCCCAGAUGAUCUCAGUGGAAAUACGCAGAUGGUGAUGGUGAAUGCUGUAUACUUCAAGGGGUUGUGGGAGAUUCCAUUUAGGGAACAAGCCACACAAAAACGCAAUUUCACCUUAAGGGGUGAAAAGAAGGUGGCAUCGUUUAUGCAAACACGUCGUUAUUUCAAAGCUGGAACUCACAAGCCUGCUAUGGCGAAAGUGGUUGUUUUACCCUUCGAGUACAACGAAUACUCUCUUAUCGUCGUCUUACCGCUUAAAUCAUCUAAUGUUGACGCACUUCUUUCAUCACUUUCCAUGGAAGAUGUGGCCAGUUUCCUGGAUUUACCACCCAAAGACGUGGCACUGGAAUUACCUAAGUUUUCUAUCAAAGCCGAUAUUAAUUUGGAACCAGUUUUGAAUAAGAUGGGUGUAUCCAGCAUUUUUACCCAACAAGCGGAACUUUAUAAUCUUGGAUCACAUGGCUCGCUGUCUCCUCAAGUUUCAUCAGCUUUGCACUCAGCUGUUCUAACAAUCGAUGAGAGGGGAUCGGCGGCUGCCGCUACAUCUUUCGCAGCUGUAGCAUUAUCUUACGAUGAGCCUUCAUUAUAUUUCAGAGCCAACAAGCCUUUCCUGGCUAUAUUAUGGGAUAAUAGAUCGUCUAUUCCUCUAUUUAUGGCAAGAAUAAUGGAUCCUACAGUGAGGAUCUUUGGUAAUUCAUUGUCAAUAAAAUUAAUAUAGUAAAAGGCUGGAAAACGAUAUCGGUUUAUAAUACAAUUAUUCCACGUUUUAAAGAGUCAAUAUA